CCGGAUGGGAUAGAGGAAAAUGAAAGAUGUACAUGUAAGGUAUUAUGGGACAUGACCACCCAGUGUGACCAUAUUAUUGAGGCCAGAAGACCUGUCAUUGUUGUUGUUGUUGAGAAAGAGAGUAACAAGGCAAUUAUUGUGGAUAUUGCUUCACCAUGGGAUCACAGAGUCUAUGAAAAGGAGAGUGAAAAGGUUGAAAAAUACCAAGAUCUGAAGAGGGAGAUUAGAAAAUCCAUGGGGUAUUAGACGUGUGGAAGUGGUACCGGUAGUGGUUGGUGCACUCGGUGCAGUGAGCAAAAGAUUGGAUACAUGGCUUGACAAGCUGGGGAUUACGAUUAAUACGGGUUUCCUGCAGAAAACGGCUUUGUUGGGAACAGCAAGGAUUUUAAGGAAGGUAUUGGAAAGUUAAAGGAGGAGAACUAACCCAAAGGACCUUUUAACAUUGGCUAUGGCUCGCUCUCCGCUUGGUGUAAUGUCGGUACAACUUCCACCAGAGCUAAACGGCAUUUCGUUGAUAAUAGUAAUCAAUAAUUCUCAGCGAGAAAUGUGGCUUUGAAAGGACACUGCCGCAAACUGGUAUCACCACAAACCGGAUCCAGUCUGUCAUACUGAGAAGUACAAACUGUCGUGGGAUUUUAAGAUCCAAUUAGGCCAUCACAUUGAACACAACAAGCCCGAUAUUGUGCUCCUAAAUAAGGAAGAUAAAUGGUGCAUUAUAGUUGAUCAGGGGCACCCAACGACNAUAUUGCUUCACCAUGGGAUCACAGAGUCUAUGAAAAGGAGAGUGAAAAGGUUGAAAAAUACCAAGAUCUGAAGAGGGAGAUUAGAAAAUCCAUGGGGUAUUAGACGUGUGGAAGUGGUACCGGUAGUGGUUGGUGCACUCGGUGCAGUGAGCAAAAGAUUGGAUACAUGGCUUGACAAGCUGGGGAUUACGAUUAAUACGGGUUUCCUGCAGAAAACGGCUUUGUUGGGAACAGCAAGGAUUUUAAGGAAGGUAUUGGAAAGUUAA